AUGGGCAACCGCCAUAGUCAGUCUUACCAACUUUCAAAGGACAGUCAGCAGAUAUCCAAAGGGAAAACCCCAUCUUCACCAAUUCAGCCCCUGCACCAGCAGCCAGGGAGCCAACAACCAGGGAGCCAACAACCAGGGAACCAGCAGCCAGGGAAGCAACAACCAACUACUUCUUCAAGUCAUCAAGGCUUUGAUGCUGCUCGAGAUGCCAAAAAGCUGUACAAGGCCUGCAAAGGAAUGGGAACCGAUGAAAAUGCCAUCAUUGAAGUCUUAUCAAGUAGAACUACAGACCAGAGACAAAAAAUAAAGGAGAAAUACAAGGCCACAUAUGGCAAGGACCUGGAAGAAGUGCUGAAGAGUGAGCUCAGUGGGAAUUUUGAGAAGGCAGCCUUAGCCCUUCUGGAUCUCCCAAGUGAAUACAGUGCCCGAGAAUUACAUAAGGCCAUGAAAGGCAUUGGGACUGAUGAAUCUGUGCUGAUCGAGAUUCUCUGCACCAGAACUAAUAAGGAAAUCAAAGCCAUAAAAGAAGCCUACCAAAGGUUAUUUAACAGUAGCCUUGAAUCUGAUGUCAAAGGUGAUACAAGUGGACACUUUAAAAAGAUUCUUGUGUCCUUGUUACAGGCUGACCGAGAUGAAGGAGACAAUGUUGAUAAAGACCUAGCUGGUCAAGAUGCAAAAGAUUUCUAUGAUGCAGGGGAAAAUCGCUGGGGCACAGAUGAACUGACUUUCAAUGAGAUCCUGACAAAGAGGAACUACAAGCAACUGAGGGCCACCUUCCUAGCCUAUCAAACUUUAAUCGGCAAGGAUAUUGAAGAGGCCAUUGAAGAAGAAACAUCUGGCGAUAUGAAGAAGGCCUAUUUAACUCUAGUGAAAUGUGCCCGAGACUGUCAAGGUUACUUUGCUGAGCUCCUGUACAAGUCUAUGAAAGGAAUUGGGACUGAUGAAGAGACUUUGAUCCGAAUCAUUGUUACCAGAGCUGAGGUUGAUCUCCAAACAGUGAAAGAAAAGUUCCAAGAGAAGUACCAAAAAUCUCUUGAAGACACCAUUAAGUCUGACACAUCUGGGGACUUCAGGAAGUUGCUACUGAGUCUCCUACACUGAAGCUAGCCUGAAACAGCAAGAAGAGAGGGGAAAACUACCUUCAUCAUGGGCUCUUGCCAAAUUCGGGUGAAAACUAUGAGACAGACAGGAGAGGCCAUUGUGCACACGUUUAUUUUCCAAGCCCUCUUUGCCACAGCCAGGCCAGCAUGCUUAGUUGAGGGUAUCAUGUUUUGUGGGCUUGUGUAAUUAAUCCAUACUGAAAUGUACUAGAGUAAAUGGUUUCUAUACUA